AUGAGUAGACUGGACUGGUCGAAGCCGAUCCUCUCGCAGAUACACAAAAUCGCACCACACUAUGACAAAUGGGUGAACACCGCGGUAUAUAGGAAAUGUCGUCUUUUUGAGAGCUCUAUAAUGGAAAGUUUGACGUUCACACCCUGGUACAUCGUACCGAUGUUCUGGAUACCUAUCAUAAUUUAUUUGGGUGUUUCGCAGUUUAUGACAUACGUGCUCUGUGGAGAUUCAUGCCCAGCAGACAGUUUAACAAGCUUUCAGUUUCUACGACAUAUUGUCUUCGGUAUUAUCAUAUGGUCGUUACUGGAGUACUCUGUGCAUAGAUGGGUGUUUCACUUCGACCCGGGCUCGUCACUCACGAUGAUUCAAAUACAUUUCUUGCUCCACGGACUACAUCAUAAGGUGCCUUUCGAUGGUCUACGACAAGUGUUUCCGCCGAUUCCUGCUCUCGUUAUAGGAAUCAUGAUGUUCGUACCCGCGUGGUGUAUUUUUUCAUACCCAAUAAUCAAAACAACUGGUGGAAUUAUAGGCUACCUCAUAUACGACAUGAUACACUUCUACGUCCACCACGGCUCGCCUAAAGACGGCACGUAUCUUUAUGCGAUGAAAAGAUAUCAUUCAAACCAUCACUUCCUGAAUCAUAAUAAAGCAUUCGGCAUAAGCAGCAACAUAUGGGAUCAUGUGUUUAAGACAUUUGUUCACGUUAAGAAAUUAGGAUUUGGUUUACAAUGUGCCACAGUUAGUGCUUGUUUUGAUUGUGGCUGGGAAUUUUUAUUUGAGGAUCUUUUAUCGGACGUUUGUCCCAUAUUUGAGAGUGCUAGUUCAGCAAUAAAGGAUCUAUUUCUUUUUUCAUCAACAGAAGAAGAAUCUCCUAUUUCAUCAGAACUAAUCACGGAAAGUCUCAAGUGUGGGCGUGAGCUGUCCCGAGAAGCAAAGAAACGAGCAAAUCAAUUAGUUAAAAAUGGAGUUACUUUGGAAGCAUGUACUCCAGCUUUGCUACAUUUCUUCUCGACGAAGUUGCCUAAAGACGCAAAGAAAGCUUCGGAGACGUCUCAUGAACUGCUUACUGCGACUAAGAUCUUGCAAAUGAAAUUAUGCUCUAAUUCGGACGUGACUCCAAACACCUUCCUGUCGUUCUUGGAGAGCCAACCAGUCAGACCCCAUGAGUUAUAUUGCAAGCCGGUCAACAUAAAAUGUAUUGGGUGCAACAAAUAUCGAAGUAUUGAUGGCACUUGUAACAAUUUGCAGCACCCAGCGUGGGGCAGACAAGGAGCGCCUUUCACUAGAAUCGCUUCUACACGAUAUGCGGAUGGUAUAUAUGCAAUGCCGGUAGCAAAAAGCGGUCGUCCAUUACCAAAUCCUCGCCUACUUUCGACGUGUCUUUUCUUAGACCGGGCAAUAUCUAGCCGAGUGUUAACGUACCUCAAUAUGCAGUGGGGGCAGUUUAUUACACAUGAUCUCAUCUUUCAAGUUAUGGAAACCACUGAUGAGGGUGGAAUCCAAUGUUGUUUAGGAGAUGGUCGAGAUGUUCUUCCGCAAGAAAUGCAAAAUGACAAGUGCAUUCCGAUAUGUGUGCCAGAAGAUGAUCCUUUCUAUAGACAUCAUGGGAUCAAAUGUCUUAACUUUGUAAGAAGUGUGACAACACCAAGAGACGACUGCAGUUUGGGACAUGCGGAACAAAUGAACACAGUAACUAGUUUUUUAGAUGGAUCUCCUAUUUAUGGAUCCGAUACAAAAACAGCUCACAAGCUCCGAAGCAAAUCUGGCGGCAGACUUCGAGAGGAGAAGAGAAAAAACUGUAAAUUAGGUUUUUUGCCUUCUGUUGAUGAUAAAUUAGCUGUUUGCGAUCUAAGAAAUAUUUCAGAGCCUUGUUAUCUGGCUGGUGACAGUAGGAUCAACCAGACCCCGACGCUGGCAGUCCUACACACACUACUGCUCCGCGAACACAACCGGGUAGCAGACAUUUUGAGUAACCUUAACCCAUUGUGGACGGACGAGAAAUUAUAUCAAGAAGCGCGAAAAAUAGUUAUUGCUGAAAUACAACAUAUUACAUAUCAAGAGUGGCUGCCUUUGAACUUUGGCGAAAGUUAUCUCCGCUAUUAUCGCAUUUCCCCAACCUCGUUGUAUAGUCGUGAUUAUAAUGAAGAUGUUAACCCUGGCAUCAUCAAUGGUUUCGGAACUGGUGCUCUACGUUUUCUACAUACAGUUAUACCCGACACUUUCAUGAGCUGCCCGAAAAGUCAACAAGCUGCUUAUUUAUACAAGUUGAGUGAUUAUUACUUUAACCCAAGCCUCCUAGAAGCUCAUACAGAGUCUUUCGACGACAUCGUCCGAGGGAUCGUGACGCAUCGCUCAGGAGAAUCUGACCCACAUUGUACUGGAGAGAUCACUAAUUUGCUGUUCAAAUCCCAUAAUAAAUGGGGUUUGGAUUUGAUUGCUAUGGACAUUCAAAGGGGUAGGGACCAUGGGCUAGGGUCCUAUAAUGAUUAUAGAGAAACCUGUGGUUUGCAAAGAGCAAGGACAUUCCAAGAUUUGGCUGGAGAAAUAUCUCAAGAUCGAAUCAACGCAUUAUCUAAGUUUUAUGAAUCAGUAGAUGAUAUUGAUUUAUUUGUGGGCGGAGCAAUGGAGAAGGAUGUCCCGGGUUCAAUCCUCGGCCAAACAUUCCAGUGUAUAGUUGCUGAACAGUUCUAUCGUACUAGGAUUGGUGAUAGAUACUUUUAUGAUAACAGCGAGAUGCCACAUUCAUUUUCUUCAGAUCAAUUGAAAGAAAUAAAAAAAGCGUCAAUGGCUCGUCUUAUUUGCGACAAUACGGGUGUGAAACAUAUUCAAAGGAAAGCUUUCGAGUUGGAAAGCUCACACAACCCUAAGUAUAGCUGUGAUGACUACAACGCCAUACCCUAUGUUGACCUCACUGCAUGGAAACGACCAAAGUUUGAAAUAGAU